CUCUUGGGUGGCCUGGGCGGUGAUCGCCCCGCGCGUUACAGUCCAGAGCCAUGGCCGGGUUGGGGGCUGCUUUCCGCCGCCUGGGCGCAGUGUCCGGAGCCGGGGCCUUGGGCUUGGCCACCUACGGGGCGCACGGCGCCCAGUUCCCGGAUGCCUACGGAAAAGAGCUCUUUGACAAGGCCAACAAACACCACUUCUUCCACAGCCUGGCCUUAUUAGGGGUGUCCCAUUGCAGAAAGCCCCUCUGGGCCGGCUUGCUGCUCGCCUCUGGAACCACGUUAUUCUGCACCAGCUUUUACUACCAGGCCCUGACUGGAGACCCCAGCAUCCAGCGUUUGGGACCUGUGGGAGGAAGCCUGCUGCUCCUGGGCUGGCUUGCUUUGGCCGUUUGAACUCCCUUGUAUGUUGCAUUUCUGGGUAGUUUUUUGAGAGUUGGCAUAGAGAAGAACAAAUAAAGAACAUUGCCAGGGAUUGUCAA